AUGGCAACCAAACGUAAUCGCGCCACGCUCGAGGCAGAACUUCAAUCACAGCAAUCACCAUAUGUCUUCUAUGGAACUCCGCUACCACCACUCGAUGAGAGCGUCCGCGAUGACGGCUCCUUCGUACCGAUAUGGAAACAGGAGGUGACCGAUGAACGGGGGAGGAAGCGCCUGCACGGUGCAUUCACAGGUGGAUUCAGCGCGGGGUACUUCAACUCCGUCGGAUCGAAAGAAGGAUGGACUCCCGCGACCUUCGUAUCGUCUCGGCAGAAUCGCGCCGAGAAGGCGCAACAGCAACGACCUGAGGAUUAUAUGGACGAGGACGAUCUGCGGGAACAGGAAGAUUCUAGGAAACUCCAGACUGCGGAUGACUUUGCCGGGUUUGGAUCGACUGAGCAUGGUGCCACACGGAGAGCAGGGUUCAUGGAUAUUUUGAAAACUGGGGGCGAGACCAAUGGAGUGAAGCUUCUGAAAAAGAUGGGAUGGCGCGAGGGCCAAGGAAUCGGUCCUAAAGUUCGUCGCAAGGCCAGGUUAGAGGAGACUGGUGCGUCGGGCGGAGAUGCCGAGCAGACAUAUCUCUUCGCGCCUGAGAACCCGGCAUUGGUUGCCUUUGUGCGCAAGACCGACCGGAAAGGUCUUGGGUUCGAAGGUGAAGCGCGCCUAUCCGAUUCGCAUACGCCCAAACAAACCAACGAUGACGAUGAUUCGGACUCCUUCUUUGGUGGGCGAUUAGCCAUUCAAGGGAAAUCCCAGCCCUCCAAGCCAAAGAACUCACGGCGGGGUGGGUUCGGGGUUGGAGUCCUUAAUGACACCGGAUCAGACGACGAGGACCCUUAUUCUUUGGGCCCGCAGAUCUCAUAUAACAAGACUAUCGGAGGAGAUAAAAAGAAGAAGAAGAAGGGCAAAUCAGAGGAUGGAAAACCAACAAUCGCAUCAUCCAACCCUCUCCUCAAUUCAAAGCCGGUGUUUAUUUCGAAGAAAUUGGCAGCUUCACGGGGAACCGGAGGAUUCAGAAAAUGUCGGGAUGGGCGUCUACCGCUGGAUGGAUUCGUUCUUGCUGAGGGCAUGUCGGGCUUGUCGAUUUCCAGCGAGAAGCGCUACGAUCCCCCAGUAAUACCAGAGGGCUGGACAUCAGCCAAGGAGCCCUCAUCUACAAAACGGGACGACUCGAACUACACAUCAACAGCUGAUGCCGCCAAAGCCUCAUCACUCAAUCCGACGUCUAGAGCAGCCCUUCUGGGUGAGGCUCAACUGCCCGGGAAAUCCAUCUUUGAUUGGAUGACACCUGAGGCGCGAGACCGAAUCGCCAAACUUACUGGCAACCAAAACUUACCUCCAGCUUUGGGAGAAAAGGCACCUAGGGGAUACGAGGUUCCCGAAUCACAGAGGCGCAAGGACCUCUGGGACCUCGUUCCGAAGCUCGACAAGCAGAUUGCCGUUCAAGCUUUAAAUCGAGCCGUGAGUGGGUGGAUGCCCUAUUCAGAAGACGAGAAGAAGCGCGCCCGCUACCGGGUCUUCCUUGAAGUUAGUGCAGGGCUCCGUGAUACCCUCCCAGAACGGGUCGAAGGUUCCAACACCGAUGAAUGGGUCAAUGAGAUGCAAGAGUUCGGCCGAGCUGCAGAAGUCUUCAAACCUAUGUCUGGAGUCAUGGCCUCCCGCUUCACCUCAGCAUCUUCCGCGCCCAAGGUCGCCUCCGAUGCGCCCGACUCGACCGAUUCUGUCCUUAGUCGACCCGCCGAGAAGCCUGAUAAUCCAGCAGUGGCAGCUGCCAAAAUUGGCAUGUUCGGCCAAAUGACUCGAAGCACCAUAUCAUUUUAUCCAUCACGUCUACUGUGCAAGCGUUUCAACGUGAAACCUCCGGCACAUGUGCAGCUUGAUCCCGGUGAACGACCGGGCGCAUCCGAGUCUCAACCAAGCACACGGUUCCAGUCCGCCGGAUACCAAGCUGAUACUGGACCUAACACUAAACCUAAGGAGUUGAUUUCGCAAGAUGUCAUGAACCAGCUCCUCAUGGAGUCGCUAGGUCAUAUUCCUGGUGCCACUGGCCAAUCUACUGCUGAGCCCCCACGUCCGGCAGUUGAACCAGAGCGCAACGAUGCCCUGGAGGCAGAGAGGCCUGGUGAUGCGGUCUUUAAGGCUAUUUUUGGAAGUGACGAUGAAGAUGAAUAA